AUGUCUAAUAUAUUAAGACUAUGCCCAAAAUGUUAAACAAGUCCAGCUACAAUCUAAUGUAUUGAUUGUGAAGAAAAGAUGUGUUAUAAUUGUGAUUAAAAGGUACAUUAGAAAUUGAAAUAACAUAGAACUGAUAUCAUUCCUUAUUCAUGUAAAAUAUCUAUUAAAAAAGAGAUGAAAUAGAUUAAAUCGACUAAAUUUAUCAUAAGUGGCAUUAAAGACCACUCUAAUAUAACAUAUGAAUUGCAGCAAGAACUUAAUGAAUUAGAAGCUAUAAUAGAGGCUAAAUAAUCAUUUUUAAUUAAAUAAGAAGAGAAAUGGAAUAAAUAAAUAAGUUCUCUUGAAAUGUAAUAUGAAAAGAAAUUACAGUAAUUUGAAAAAGAAAUUGAAUUUAAUGAAAAUUAGUUUAAGAAUUACUAAUCAAAUGGAAAUUCAACAUCUAUGAUUGUUGACAUAAAAAAAUAAAUGGAAGCAUAAAAACAGUAAUUUUGUAUAUUAUAAAUAGAUAAGCAUGGAAAGAAUUAAAUGAGAGGAAAAUUCAAUUAUAAGAUAAAGAAGCUUUACUAAAAGGUAUGAUUUAAGCUUAGGAGUUUUAUUAAAAAGAAAUAACAUAGAAGGAGAAAUUAAUUAAUUAAUUUAAGGAUUUAUUAUAAUAAUAAUAAGUUGAAAGAGAUCUGUUAAAAGAAGAAAAUAAAAAAAUAAUCAAAUAAUUAGAAUCUAUAAAAGAUUUAUGUAAAAAAAGUUUGCCUGAAUUUGGAAUCAAUAUUGAUUUUUUGGAUAAAUUAGGUAAACAGAAUUAAAUAAAUAAUGAUGAAUAAAUUGAAGAAUAUGAGGAAGAUUAAAAUGAAGAAAUAUAAAAAGAUAAUGUGUAAAAUGAAAUAGAUUAAAAAUAGUAAGAAUUAUAAUGA